GCGGUUAGUUGUCAUGGCAACGGACGCGCGAAUAGAUCAGUCAUCAAACCUGAAAGGGGAAAAUACGUUUCACCCGAAGCUGAACCAAACUAAGGUUACACAUAUCAGAGCCGCAUGACCUCCUUUACCCAGGUGUACGGGUUUAGCGUGGUAUCAACCGACGGUUUGUCUUAUUCAACUGGACGAUCCACCAACCUAAUAAGCCUGCCUGUUUGCUAGCAUGGCGGAGAGCAGGGUGAUCCCCAGCGGAAGGCUUUACAGACAGAUGUUUGACGCACAGGUCCAGCUGUCCCUCUCACUCCAUCAAAGUCGAGGAGAAAGGACUGCUCCUGAAACACAAACGCACACCACUAACAACAGAUUACUGCCCACCAGUGCAGAGCAGCAGCUGGAGGAAGAAGUCAGAGGACUUCCUGAUGUUGUUGUGGCUGAAAGGCAGAGUGCUGAUGUGAUUGAGCGCCUGAGAGCGAAGAGAGAGAGAGACCACAGAGAGACUGUAAAGAACCUUCAUAGAGACCUGGCGGUGCUUGGCAAGGAUUAUGAGGAGAGCAGUAGAAGUACUUGUAAGGACCUGCUCUCAUGCCUUGAAGAGAUGGACCAGAGGUUGGAGACCCUGAUGGGGGGUAUGGAGUGUCAGCAACCGACCAGCCUUCAGGAGCUGAAUGACGUUUGGAAGCAGGUCAAGGAAACUUCUGUUUUAAAGAGAGGAAGAAUCUGUGAAUUAGACCAAAGUCUGAAUGGAUAUGAAAUCCAACGAACACAGCAGAUCGCUCAUUUACUCAAGAAGUACUGCACUCUUCUGGAGAGAAUCAGCUCCCUAAACCCCUGUGACCUCUACAGACUGCUCGACGCAGAGGCUAUGAUGAUCAACACCGCCCUGCUCGCUAACCGCCGUAGCAUCGCCCGUCUACGUCUUCAUCUUCUGGAGGGGGAUCUGCAAAAAGAGUCUGUCCUUCAUCUUCGCUGGCAAGACAUAUCUAAGACCUGGAAGGCUGGCAGGGUACAACAGGAGAUAGAAAGGUUCCGGGAACUGGUCAGUGAUAAAUCAGUCCAGGACCCUGACUCUGUCCAGGAAGCAGUUGUGGAGAUCAGAAGGACACAACAAGCUCUGUCUGAAGAACAGAGACGUCUCUUCCAGCACAUCUGCUCUCUGGCCCCGCCCACCUGCACUACAGCUCUGGUCACCGAUUGGUACAACCAACUUACAGCUCUCAAUCAAAAGAUUGAUGGUUGUCAUGAUAACUUUGUACGUCAGCUCCAGUGCAGCUUUGACCAGAGCUGGCAGGCCAGUCUAGUGGAAGUUGAGCGAUGCAAGCAGGCGCUGUGUGGUCUAGAGCUGUCCGAGCAGGAGGUCAAGCACAUCGUCAGCUCCCAGAUCCUCCCUCUGAUGGGGCCACAUCAGAGGCGGGCUGAGGAACGAGUGGCCAUCUUAGAUCGAGAUGUGGACGUGGUGGCAAGGCAUGCUGGGAUAUUGAGUAGGACUGUCUGGAAUGUUUUACGCGGAGCAGCGUUGCUAUGGGAGACGCACAGCCGGGCUAUGGAGAACAGAGAGCAACAGCUUGAGGAGCAGCUCCGCCUCCUUCGAUGUGAACAGGAAGAGGAAAUAAAGAGGAAAGAGGCUCAUUUGGACGUCUUACUAGACCGGCUGCGCCAGGACAGCCCUGAGGAGGCCCUGAAGAAGUCCCUUGAUGUGGCCCUCGCCUACCUGGAUGAGAUGCCCAACAGCUCUAGAGAGUGGUACAGCAAAAUGGACGAAGUGCUGGAGAGUUUUCCAGCUGUUCAUGUGGACGAGCUUAACACCUACAGCGCUGCUGUCAGCCAAUAUUACCAUGUUGGCGAAGUCCACACCCUGACACAAGAAGAACUUCUCUCCUUUUACCAUCGUGAUAACCCGGAUUGGAAAAGUAUAGAAAAGUUCGGAAACUUUCCAAUCAGCACGCUGAAUGAGCUUGACCACACCCAGAAUCCCCAGGAUGGACUACUGAAGGAGGCAGAGUCAUCCCUUGCAGAGAUUUACAUCUCUGACACUGAAGUGACCUUUACAUCCAAGAGGGGCGGGGCUUACAGUGGCCCCGCCUUUGAACUUCCGGUGCAGAAUCCUCUAGGCAGCCUGGGGGAUGAAGUCCAAUUCAUCCUGUUCCCCACUGAGACGCUGACCCAGUCACUGAUCCAGCUGCGUACAUUAUCCUUUGAUCACCUGGAGCAGCACUUCCAUGACGUCCUGAGUUCCAGCGCAGCCACGGUCGCCAGCAGAAAGAAAGCACUGGAUUCAGAACAAGAGCUCCGCCUGCAGCUGCACAAACUCCGCCCACAGCGCAUUGAGAUGGACAUACACAACAUGCGCUCUGCUGAGCUCCAUGUCCACAGGGAGUGUGUGUUGUCCCAGGGUGCGGCUGUGCUCCAGGUGCUGGAUGUGUGUCGGAGCGACUUGAGUGACCUCCAGACCUCCACCAGCGCCAGCAGCCUCCGCUUCAUCACCAGCGUCUCCACCAUGGAGGAGCGCUUCCACACCGCCACCACCUCUCACACUCUGAAGGGGUUUAGCUCCAACCUGCAGGACUGCCUGGUUCAGCAUAUCCAGGAGACCCAGCUCUCUCAGCGGGCCUUCAGGCACUCUGUUCAACAGCGCCUGGAGCAGGUUCGAGACAGCAACACCAAGCUGGUCACAUCCUUCAGGCUGUUUGGUGAAGGAGGGAACUUCAGCCCCAAGGAGGUGGACCAGCUGCUGAGGCUCCUUGAGAAGACGUCCCGAAGGAUCGAUGCCUUGGAAGACGGCAUCCAGGCGGACAUGGAGAAACUGGAGAUGGCCUGUUUAGAGCAGGUGAAGGGGACGGUGGAUCGCCUGCAGGAGAAGCUCUCCCCACUCCUUUUGGAGAUAAGUUUCUCCGAGAAGAUCCAGAAAGUGGUGUCAAAUGUCCAGGUCCAAAUUAAGGCUGAGGCAGCCCAUAGUAACCAGCAGAAGAUGUUGAUCAGCAGACAGGUUGAAGACCUGAGGAGACUUACAGAGACAGCUGAGGUGUCUCAGGAGAAGGUGUUUACUAGUCUGUCUGCCCUUGGUGAAGAGCUAAAGAAACGAUUCCAGUACUUGGACUGCAACAGGGAUUCCAGCAUUGAGUCUCCUGCACCACAGCAGACUCUGCAGGGAUCGUUUGCUGUGGCGGCCAGACCUCGUUCCAAGCUGCCCAGACCUCCGACCCGACCCACUGGAGAGCUCCCAUUGGCUGCUGCUGCUGUGAGUGGAGCCUCCUCUGAGGACAUCACCAUGGGAGUGCUCAACAAGUUGAGAAGGUUGCCUCAAACGAGCAAGAAUGAAAAGUGGGUUCAAAUGUUUGGAAGCGACCCAGACCUGGUGCAGAACACACGGUCCUUUAAGUUAACUGUCAACAGUUUUUUGAGGACGGCAAAUGAGGUGCUUCUGCAGGCUGCCGAGGACUUGUACAGGAAGAAGGAAUUUGACCAAUGGGCUGAAAGGUUUAUCAAGAGGCUGCUUGGAUACCAGGAACAGGCCAAGCAGUUUAAUACCACAAGUAUACAAGAGUUUGGUCAGCAGCUGUGUGAGCUAGAGGAGGUGGUCCGCACGUUGGCACCGGUGAUGCUUGGUUACCAUGGGAAACGGCAGGAGGAGGAGCUGAUGAAGGCAGUGGAAGAGUUCAGGAUCAGGAUGGAGGAGACGGCGAGCGCCACCAAUCACACCCAGAGGAAGCAUUCCAGCCAGCUGAAAGUGCGCCUGGGACAUCCAGCAUGUAAAGAGGAGCUAGAUGCCCUGAGGAGGAGAGAGGAGGACAGACAGAGCCAGUACCGCAGCAGAAUCAACAGGAUUUAUGAAGAACUACAGGAGUGGAUGCAGGCCAGACAGGAGGACGUCACAGCAUCCCUGUUGUCCCUGACAGAGAGUUUAGUUUGCCAAGUGGACAACCUCCUUACAUUGGAGCUUUCAGAACAGCUCCCUACUCCAGACACUGAAGCUGGAAAGGAUUUGCUAAUGCCCAACAGCGUCCAGACAGCCAACAGGAUUGGGGCAGGACUUCCUAUCUCACAGUCCCUUGUUGAAGAUACGACAGCAUCCACGGUAACCAUGGCUACCGAAGACAAAACCCUUAUGACCAUGGCCAAUGCAACGUCCGCUGUAACCAUGGAAACAAGCUCAUCUAGUCAAACAACUAUAGAACCCUGUGUUGAUGCCACGGCAACAGCUGGUUCUGUCAGCAGCCCGAUACACCAGGAAAUCCUCCUACACAGAGACAGAGCUUUGAAGCGCUAUGAGGACGUCUCCAAGGCAGAGUCAGAGCGCUUCAGGAUGGACAGAGAGCGACUGCUGAUCCAGCUGCAGAGAUGGACUCACCAUUGGCAGCAACAGAUAAACACUUUGAGCACGCUCAAAACAGAGUAGACAGCGUCAGUCCCAGAGCUGAUUUAUUAAGGGUUCAAUAAAAAUACUUAUACUAUAAUUGUACAAAAAGGAGAGGUCUAUUCAACAGUUGUAUCUCCCUCUAUCCCGUUGUCAAAUAUAAAUAGUAAAAUAUAUAGUAUAGUGCUGACUUUUGUUUAGCCUGAUUUAGUCCAUCCUGCCAUCCUAAUAAUCACAGCGUGGUUCCAGCACUGGUUUUGGAAGUUCAAGUGUGUCAAUAUUUCCCCCCCAUCGCAUUCUUUGACUUUUUAGUGCUUCAAUCACUUUGAAGGGCUAUGGUAGAGUACUAUGGCCAGGGAGAUUUCGUGACACUGGGUGCAGAUAAUGCAUCAACUCAAACACACGGAAUCAAACCCAUUUGCAAACUGAACAGCAUGACAGAAAUUACUUGGCCUUCUGAGAAGCUGCGUUCAUUUGGCCUCUUCGUCUACAUUACAAACUUCUAUCACAAAGAAAUUGUUAUCAAACAUAGCACAUGGGGGGAUUAAUAUUUCACAAGAAAAUGCUUAACCAAGGCCUUUAGAUCAAUGUUAUAUAAAAGUGUCAUUGCAUUAAUUAUGCUAUCUGCAGUAUUCAAUAUCUGUGAUAUACUAUUUAGAAUUCAUGACAAUAAAAAAAUACAGUAUAAGAAAAAUUAAAUAUCUAGCUA